ACUCUGGGUCGAGCCACAAAGACAGUGUUGGGGCACAGGUGAUCUCUGGGAUUGCCUGAUGUUUAAAGUCUCUGGGACCACUGACACUGGUGACAAAUCAGAUAAAAAAAAGGCCAGGGAAUGGGAAAAGGCUCGUUCGUGUAUGCGGGUUCAUAUCGAUCGUCGAAUUUUAAGUGGGGUAACAUUCAAUGGUGCAAUUAAUAAUAUAAAUGGAAGCAUGAGUGGUGGAGUGUGCAAUGUAAAAUCUACGCCAAAGAGAACUAACCAAGAAAAAGACGAUGAUAAAGUCCAAAAACGGACUAGGAUCAAUGAAUAUUUCCAAAGAACUCCUGAACACCAAAAGGAACAAAAUUCGAUGGAUCAUUAUUCCAUUCCUGAUCACGAAGGAGUUAUUAUGGAAAACGUUGAUAGCGAAGAUGCUUACACAAAAAACAUCCAACUGUCUCAUGAGAACGUGACGGAAGAAGUUCAUAGCAUUAUUGAAAAGAUACAACGUAUCGAAUGUCCUCUCUUUAAGUAUAGGGUUGUAAAUCUUUCAGUGCGAGAUAGCUCGGAUCCCGUUAAUAAGCUAACGGAAUCUGAAAAGAACCUCUUAAAAAAGAUCUGGAAUUCGUUUGAGCCUUCGUGUGAAAUAAAGAAAAUCCGUCUAAAUAAAUGGGAAAAAGUUUUACAGCCUCUUUUAAAAAAGUAUCAAGCCCAUUUUGAAAACAAAUCGGCAUUUGACACAAUUUCGUUGGAUGACGCCAUCAAGGAUAUUCUUGCGGUAUCAUAUACAGGUAUUUUUGUACACAAAGAACACUUUGAUAUACUGUGGAUCCAAGACGUUUAUAAACGAUUAUCACCUAUUAACUUAUUAUUGGAUCAUGAGCAAACAGAACUUUCAUAUCGUGAAGAUUUUGUCAAUCCAAUAAUUGCAAAAGUUUUUGAUGAUAUCAUGGACCUAAUUCGGGUGAAGACGGGAGAAAUCGAAAACAAAUUAAGCAAAAAUCAACGAAACGAAACUCGGCAAUACAAACAAAGAAUCCAAAUUGGUUGUUAUCAAGACGGAAUCUAUACAAUUAAUGUUAACGCAACUAUCUUUGAGAUCGGUUUCUUAGAAGUUGUCGGAAGUGCUAUUUAUGUUGACAUUACAAAACUAAAUGAAGACACAGAGAAAAUUUUUAAAUGCAUGCAGAUAUCUAUAUUUUACCAACGCCAACAUCACUUACAACGUGGAGCGAAAGAGCAACAACUCACUUCCUUGGAAUCUUACGGAAUUAUUGUAUAUCAAAGAACAUUUACGAUCUAUGUUAUGCAUCAAAAUAUGGGCAUAUAUGUCGUUGAUAAACUAACCGAAUUCAGUAUUCCGAACUCAAAGGACCAAUUAUAUGUCCUUAGAGAGGUUAUCGAAAAAGUUUACAUGUAUAAAAGUCGACUUAUGGAAUAUUACCUUGCAGUGCAAAAGAUCACCCCUUCUGCCAAUACUUUUACCACUACAAAGGACCGCGUUACCCCCACAUAA